AUGAUUGAUGCCACGGGCGACAAAUGCGCAGACUGCCACAGUUUAUGGCCUAUGGAUAGAAUGAUUGAGUUGACUGCGGCUGCGGAAAAUGAAGAAAAUCAGCAGAAACACUUUGCUUGUUUCUUAUUCUUUCCCGUUUUAGCUAUGUCUAUCAUCUUAGUUCUCCCCGCACUAUUCGGUGUAUGCUUUGCAAAAUCAGUCAACACAAAGCCUAUAGUGACUUCCUCCUCCACCUAUGCAUAUGCCGUUGAUCUAGACAAGCCUGUACCAAAGGCUGCAUUUACUUGCAUGAAAAACAAGGGAAUAAGUACUGCAAUAAUAAGAGCCUAUGGCCCUUCAAAUGGUGGUAAUUUGGAUGAAAAUGCUGUAAAUAACAUUCGCAAUGCUGAUCAAGCUGGUCUCGGCACCGAGGUAUUCAUGACACCGGUACCUCAAUCAAAAUCAAAUAAGACAGGUAGCCAACAAUUUAGAGAACUAUUCGAAGGACUCAAGGCUGGAAAUAUUACAAUAAGGGCGAUGUGGUUGCAGGUUGUCUCGCCAAAAGACUGGGGUUCAAAAGUCGACAAUAACAUUUAUCUUCUAAAUGAUAUCAUUUCCAUGGCUAAGUACUACGGUGUGAGAGUUGGCAUCUAUAGUAGCGCUUACGAUUGGAAACAGAUUACCAAGAAUGCAAUCGUGGAAAACGCUAUGCUUUGGUACUGGAAGGUGAAUGGCGGAGGAGCAAAAGGUGAAACUCCGGCAAAUUUCAACGAUUUUGUCCCAUUUGGUAAAUUCACAAAAGCCACCAUGAAACAGUAUGGGCAAACUGAAGAGCUUUGCGGAGUCACUCUGAACAAAGACGUUUAUGAGGUGAAGAAGGCGAAGUUGCUGAAGUUGACCGAUCUGAAGGGGAAAAAGGACGAUGAGCUAAUUGCUGGUAGAAUUGGAAGCGACUUAUUCGGUGCAGUUGCGGUACCGGCUGCUUGAAAUAAUACGAUGUAUUUUGUAGUGUAAAUCACAUCGAAAAUAAAGCUGCUGUAUCUGUGC